UCAAUUUUAAAACAAAGCAAGCAACACAAUUUCAUUUUGCGUACAUAUUGAUUUUAUUUCUUUUUAACUAAAUAGUCCAAAUAAUUGCACACAGACACCUUGCGCGAAAUUCAAAAUUAAUAGAUUCAUUUGUGAUAUGCAGGCAAGCCAGGGCUGCAGUUAAUGACCAGGGCUGCAAUGUACAAGACGCAGCAUUAAGAAGAUUAUGACAUUUUCGCUGUCAAAUAGAAGUUACUGUGUCGUCUGCGCUACCUGAAGGACCUGAGCCUCUGUUAUUGUAAUUUUUCAAACACUUUUGUAUCUAAGUUUUAUUUUGGACAUGUUCUCUGCCAACACACACUCUGUGCCCUACCUAUAUUUGGGUAACUUCAGUCGCAAGCCACAUUAUUACAGCGUGAAACGUACCAAACUGCAGGGCACUCAAGCUGCAGCUCGUUUUUUUAGCAAUAGAAGCAAAUCAGCCGCCUCCUCUCCAACCUUCCCUACCCAGCAUGACCUCGUGCUCGAUGUUAAGAAUCUGCUCAGUCGGUCGGGCAGCAAGUUGCAGAGUAUGGUGGAGAAGGCGGCCAGACUGAAUGGAAUUUUGGAUAAGGAAGUGAUCAAUGAAGCAAUGGCCAAAGUGUGCAGCAUUAUGCCAUCUAUGCGCCAUAUCCAGGUCACAUUGGAGGAGCCAAAUUCCAAACAACAACAAAUGAUUCGUGGCCAGUUACAAAAUUAUCAGUUUGAAGUCUCAUUGGAUGGUUCAGGUGUAUUAAAUGGAGUGGCUGGUCAAUCGAGCACAGCCUACGUCAAAUUGUUUCCCACAUUAACCCAAGGAUUGGUCAAAAGUCCAUUUGUUUAUAACCCACAAGUAAAUCAAUUACGUGGCUUUAAAACCGAUCGUUCCAUCGAGGCUGAGCAAAAGCGAAAUCCAACCAUGAGCACUAGAAUUAAGUCGGCAUUGAGUAAUGCACCUCAACGUGUAGAUGGUGAUCCACAAUUACAAGCGGAGAAGCUACGAAAACUGUUGUCCAGCUCCGAGGAAUUGGGGAGUACAAAGACUGCGGAGAAUUUGAAAAUUGCAUUUGCCGAGGGCUACCUAGCCGCUUCCAAUGCUGAAGAUUCCCCAAAAACAGGCAAAACAAUGAAGUAUCUGAAGAUUUUCCAGACUCUCGUUGUAAUUGUCGUUUUUAUUGGCAUCUUUCUGAGUUUCUUUACCUCGUCUAAUGGUUCAGUUUUCCGCAUUCAACUGGGUAACCAAGUAGAGGUGGAUCCCGAAGAGAUUCAUGUCACAUUUGAUGAUGUCAAGGGUUGCGAUGAGGCCAAACAGGAGCUGAAAGAGGUUGUAGAAUUCCUUAAGAAUCCCGAUAAGUUUUCCAACCUGGGAGGCAAACUUCCCAAAGGUGUUCUUCUUGUGGGUCCUCCAGGCACAGGCAAAACUCUAUUGGCCCGAGCUGUUGCCGGUGAGGCCAAUGUUCCAUUCUUCCACGCAGCUGGACCUGAGUUCGAUGAAGUCCUGGUGGGUCAAGGUGCCAGACGUGUUCGUGAUUUAUUUAAGGCCGCCAAAGCACGGGCACCUUGUGUGAUCUUCAUUGAUGAAAUCGAUUCGGUGGGUGCAAAACGAACCAAUUCGGUGCUUCAUCCCUAUGCCAACCAGACCAUUAAUCAGCUGCUAUCUGAGAUGGAUGGUUUCCAUCAGAAUGCUGGAGUAAUUGUACUGGGAGCCACCAAUCGUCGAGAUGAUCUAGAUCAGGCUUUAUUGCGUCCUGGGCGUUUUGAUGUUGAAGUUAUGGUUUCCACACCAGAUUUCACCGGACGCAAGGAAAUUUUAUCACUAUAUUUAGCAAAAAUUCUACAUGACGAGAUCGAUUUAGAUAUGCUUGCACGUGGAACAUCCGGAUUUACAGGUGCAGACUUGGAGAAUAUGAUUAACCAGGCGGCGUUACGAGCUGCCAUUGAUGGUGCCGAUACAGUAAGCAUGAAACACUUGGAAACAGCUCGUGAUAAAGUACUUAUGGGACCGGAACGCAAGGCUCGUCUGCCCGACGAGGAGGCAAAUACUAUUACCGCUUACCAUGAGGGUGGUCACGCAAUUGUGGCCUUCUACACCAAGGAAUCACAUCCCCUGCAUAAAGUGACCAUUAUGCCGCGCGGCCCAUCACUUGGCCACACUGCCUACAUACCGGAGAAAGAACGAUACCAUGUCACAAAGGCCCAAUUGCUGGCCAUGAUGGAUACCAUGAUGGGCGGCCGUGCCGCCGAGGAGAUUAUCUUUGGAAUUGAUAAAAUUACUUCGGGAGCCAGCAGUGAUCUCAAACAGGCCACAUCAAUAGCUACGCAUAUGGUUAAAGAUUGGGGCAUGUCGGACAAGGUGGGCCUGCGAACAAUAGAACCAUCAAAGGGUUUGGGUGGCGGCGAAGUUCUAGGCCCCAAUACUGUGGAAGCUGUAGAUGCUGAAAUCAAGCGCAUCCUUAACGAUAGCUAUGAACGGGCAAAGGCCAUCCUCAAGAAACAUACCAAGGAGCACAAGGCGCUGGCGGAGGCGCUUUUAAAAUAUGAGACUCUGGAUGCGGAUGAUAUCAAGGCCAUAUUAAAUGACAACCAGACGUAGUUAACCACUUUUACCCAUCCAGUUCCAACCUUCACUCGGAUCAGCCACAGAGCUGAGCUGCAAAAGUAUAUAUAUAUAUUUUUUAGUUAAACCAUAAAAUACAUAGAAACCCAUAACACGAGCGGAACGCAGACGGACAGUUUACAAAAUAAAAUGUUAUUCAUAAA